AUUCUUAAAACGACAUGCUCCCAUUCCUUCCCUGACGUGUGCAGGUCAUGGAAAUCCACGUGUACACCCUCGGAUCAAUACUUGUAGCUGACGUGUAAAUUCAAAUCCAUGCAACACGCAACAUUGUUACACGUGCCCUCCACACAAGUCCCCACCUUAGCCAUGGCUUCUUGCGUUUCCAAGUCAUGGUCUCUAGCCAUGUCCUCAGACCACGUUUGGCGACCCCUUUGCUCUUCCCGCUACCCUUCUUUGUGUAAUCUCAAGAUCUCCUUAUACCACUCAGUCCCAUAUCACCGCCUCUAUGCUAUUGGACUCUCCGCUUUCAAACGCGGCUUUAAACCUCCGUGAAAGCCACGUCUUGCCGUAGACAACCUCGUCUUUGCCAUUGAAUUAUCCACCCCCACCACUAGAUCAGCCCCUGUUAUCACCAUAGCAGAGCCAGCCAGCAAAAUGAUCAAUAACGUCGUCCAAGGAAACCAAGUGUUUAAGUUCGAUAUCGGUGUGAAUGAUGACCGGUGUUUCCCGGGAGUGAAAGCUUUGGAAGAGACAACGAUGAAGUGGAACGUGGUGUGAAGAGGAUGGGAAGCAGUAUUUACGAUGAUGGAUUGGGAAGGAAAGAUAAGUUGCACGGCAGAGGCGGUGCAGUGGUGGUUCUCGGAGGAGCUCCCGUCGCCGGGGUGUUGCUCAAGCGAGGUGGGAAGUGGGAUCGUAGCGGAUGUGAAGGUGGGUUUUGGUGGAAAGGGAGAGAGGGAGACAGAUGGAUGGUUUAAAGUGGAAAAAUUGAGCGUAGGAAUUUUGAGGCGCGCAGAUUGGAGAUAUGUGAGCAUUGAUGAUGGCCUUAGAUAUUUACAGCAUUUUCUUCUGCCUUGCCAUCAUAUGUAAAUUUUAUUUUUAUUAUUAUUUUCUUUAAAUUGAUACAA